UUGCAGCUUUGAAACUAGUGAUAUCAGCCCCAGGAAGGAAACCUUGAGAUUGAGAUCAGUCAAGUGGCUGAUGAUUCAAUCAAUCAUGGCUAUGUAAAGAUACAUCAAUAAAAGCUUGAUGGAGCUUCCUGGCUGGCGAACACAUGGAUGUGCUGGCAGAGUGUGGGAGAGUGCUGGGGGUGAUGUGUUCUAAUUCCAUGGGGAGAGGAUAUGGAGGCUCUGUGUUUGGGACCUUGCCCUUUUCGUUUAGCUGGUCCUGAUUUUAUUCUCUUUAAUAAAACUGAAAUAGGUAGUAUAGCACUUUCCUAGGUUCUGUGAGUUAUUCUAGCAAAUUAUCAAUGAGGCAGGUCAUGGGAAUCCUUAGGAUUUGCAGGCAGUUUGUCAGAAGUGUGAGUGGUCUGGGUCCGCUGAACUUGUAGCUGGGAUUUAAAGUGAGAGCAAUCUGAUUGGGAACCAUGCUCUUAACCUGUAUUGUCUGACAACUAAUUUCGGUGUUAGUAUCAGAAUUGUGUUGUAGUAUAUUGCCUAGCUAGUCCAGAGCACUCUGCUUCUUGAGCAGCCAAUGCCCUGGCAAGGAGCAGGUGUGCACUAUCCAAGGCCUUUAGGCUGAGCUCCUUAUAAAAUCUUCAGCCUUGGUGAUCGUUUUCUGGUAAAAUCCCUGGAUGUCCCCGGGAAGUUAGCUAUUCAGUUAGUCCUCAAAUCUGUCUCAAAAACUCAGAGUGACUGGGCGUGGUUGCUCACGCCUAUAAUCCCAGCAGUUUGGGAGGCUGAGGUGGGCAGAUUGCUUGAGCCCAGUAGUUAGAGACCAGCCCGGGCAACAUGGAGAAACCCUGUCUCUAUAAAAAAAUACAAACAUAUUAGCUGGACAUGGUGCUAUGCACCUGUAGUAGCAGCUACUCAGGAGGCUGAAGGGGGAGGAAUGGUUGAGCCUGGGAAGUGGAGGUUGCAGUGGGCCGAGAUUGCACCACUGCAUUCCAGCCUCGGUGUCAGAGCAAGACUCUGUCUCAAUAAAGCAAAAAUAAACAAACAAAAAAACCCUUAGGGUAGUAGAGUUGGAUGGCAGACAUACUACAGAGAUCUGGCACUUCAAUUCAAUUGUAUUUAAUCCAAACAUUUAAUGAGCACUAUUAUGACCUAAAAUAAUUAGAUACUAUGAAAGAAAAGACUGUUGAUAUGAAGAAUCAUCUGCUGCUUCCAAAGUUUACGAUGAAGUGAAAAAAUUAAAAUACAUAUUCAAUUAAUUUAAUAGAACUUAUACAUUCUCUUUUAGUGUGUAUAUGAAUGCAUAUGAAAGAGGGUGGAAGCUAUUAAUUUUGCCCAAGGGUGGGGGUCAGGGAAAGCUUAAUAGAGGAAGUGACAUUUAUCUGGGCCUUGAAGAGUAGGCAGGAAGUAUACCAGACAGAUUAGGCAUUCCGAGUAGAAGGAAUAGCUGAAUAAAAUACAGCUUUCAAAAAGGACAAGAGAGCUGGUAUGGCUAGAGGUAGAGUGUGAGUGACAGGCGGAGGCAGUCAUGAGUCCAAGUAUAAUGGAAACAGAAUAAGUGAACUGUCUUAGAACCUCAGGCAGGGCUGGACUAUUUCUGAACAGUAUCCAGUGCAGUGCCUGGACAAGGUAGGAACUUUAUUUGUGGAAUGAAUGUGCAAAUGAAUAAAUGAGCAAAUAGGAGAAGAAGCAAGACAACAGAUGAGAGGUUUCUAACUAACUCUUCUCCUGACCACCUGGUCAGAAGACAGAGGGAGGGCAGAGACCCCUCAUUCUAAAUUGGAUUUGGAUUGCACUGAUCGUUGACAUCUUUUUUUUUGAGACAUCUUUUUUUUUUUUUUUCUCUGUCACUCAGGAUGAAAUGCGGUGGUGUGAUCACGGCUCACUGCAGCCUUGAACUCCUUGGUUCAAGCAAUUCUCCCACUUCAGCCUCCCGAGUAGCUGGCAUAAGUGCAUGUCAUCAUGCCUGGCUAAUUUUUGUAGUUUCUGUAGACACGGCUGGUCUUGAACUCCUGGAGUCAAAUGAUCCUCCCUUCUCGGCCUCCCAAAGUGUUGGGAUUAUAGCCAUGAGCCACUGCCCCUGGCCCACCGACAUCUUUUAAUGUUGCAUAUCUGAGUGAGGUUUCCUUUUAGGACUUAAGAGGUCAUAUAGCCACAUUUCUAGAUUGGCUAGCACGAGAACUCUCAGAUAGAGGAGGAUUUGUUCAAGCACACAUAGUACAUUGGUGUCCAAGCUGGACCCAGAGGUCAGGUUUUCUACUGCUCAACUCAGUGCUGCUUCCACACUAUCCAGCCACCUCAUCCAGGCUUCAGAGCUGCUCCUCAACCUGUGUUGUUUUCAGCUGCCUUUUCCUCCCAUUUCUCUCAGAAAUAAUUCUAUUCUAAACUCUCAUCGUCCUCUUCAAGUCUCCCACCUGGCCAUUGCCCAGCUUUUGCCUCCCACCUGGUUUUUUUAGAACACGGUAGCUGUUAUGGUCCUUUCUCUUUUAGCUUCCAUUCUCUUUAUAAACCUAUCUAUGGCCAGUGCCAUUUGCACUUCCUUUUUCCCGGUCUUAGAGGUAACAUUACCUGCCCCUCUGUGCUCUUGACCCCACUCUUGACUCUAUUCUUCCAACAUCAAUUCUAGGAAACUGCUCUACUCAUCAUCUUCUCUGUUAGCUUAGAAUUGUUCUCAAGUUUCUUUCACCUCAAAAACAUUUAUUCUUAGACUUGACUUCCUCCUCUAUCUGCCGUGCCGUCUCUUCUCCCUGCUCAUCCAAAUUUCUUUAAAGAAUAGUCUACGCUUGCUGACCUCAUCACCUGACCAUCACCUUCUAUCAAUUUUCACUUGGCUUCCACUCACAAUAUCCCACUGAAACUGUGCUAAUUCACCCGUGACGGGUAUUCUGCCACAUCCCAUGGAUUUAAAGUUUUAAAUAUAUUCUUAUAUUAGUGGGAUCUCUUUAACAUUUUAUACUCUUGGUAAUUCUCUCCUUCUAGAAGCUCUACUCCCUUGGUUUCCAAGGUAUUGCACACAUCUAAUUACUUCAGCUCUUUGGUUUCCCUUUUAUCUUUUUCCUGAAAUUUAUUUUUUCCUUUAACUGCCCCUUAAAAUUGGUGCCCUCACUGUUCCAUCUCCAGCCUCCUCUUUCUCACAUAGUACUGAUGGGACUUCAGCAACUUCCAUGGUUUUAAUUUCCCCUAGUGUGUCCAGAUUCCAGGCAUCAGCCCAUUCGUCCACUUCCUACUGGAUCUUUCCAAUGGAACAUUCAUGCAGGCAUGCGUACUGUACCUUACACUCAGUAUGGCACCAUGAAAACGAAUCUCUCCAAGGAGACUAUAAAUUCUGUAGCGCAUAAGUGUUUUAUUCAUUUUUAUUUCCUCAUGGCCUGUCACAUAUUAGGAUCUUACCCAUCUUCGUUGACCAAUGGACCAAUUGCCCAACUGAGUGAAUGGACAUUUCAGGUCGAUGCUAACCCCCAGCUCUGAACAAGGGAACAUAUAUUUUCCUUUCAGUUUCCUGGCCUAUGGCCUUUUGAGCUACAUUCAAACCUAAGAUGGUGGUAACAAGGUCCUCUUGAUUUUUCAGAGACAAAGAUUUCUUCUCCCCAAUGGGACACUGUUUCUCUCUAGCAGAGAACAGUUAAGAGGCUCCAUUUUUGGCCUUCUUUGAACACUAAGGUGACAGCAGAAGUAGCUUCAAGGUUAGGAAUCCCAAUAUUCCUGUCUCCCUAGUGAUGGCCUCUUCCCUUGAGCCCUUCCCCAGGCUGCCAGACCCCUAGUAGGCCCUUACCUUGAAGAAGAGUGAUAGCCAGAAUGAGGCCAGCCAGGCCCUUCCCCUGUUCCAUGUCAGUCUCUGUCCUCUGGCAAAAGCGUGGAGCAGCCCUUAGCAGCCAGUCAGCCUGUGCAGCGGCUAGACUGGCUCCACCCAUCACCGUUCAGGCUGGGGCCCUUGAGAGAAGGCAAGCACCCAGAGCCUCCACCCUCUGCUGCAAGCGUGGGCAGCAGCAGGGGCCUCAGCAGGGCUGCAGGUGCAGAUGCCUUUUGUUUUUCUGUUAAGGAGUAGAGGGUGGAGGUGGUGAGGAAGGAGAGGGAGAGAGUGCUGGAUUCCCACUCAGAGCUCAUCUUGCACAGGGAACCGCAGUGGAUGCUGGGUGGGAGAUGGUCCUGGGACCGUUUCUUCACGAGGGAAAGAAAUAUCCCUGUCAUUAGUUGUUAGGAUUGUAGCCAGUUGUUCCUUGUUGCUAGCUGUUGUUGCUAUAGGUAAUGAAUUUAGAAGGGGUUCUCAGCUGGUUGGGGCUGGACCUCUGAAUGGAAAGCCACCUCAGUCCAGGCCUUCAUUCAGGAUUUGUUUUCACUGUUUAUUUUAUCUUAUUUUAUUUUAUGAUGGAGUCUCCCUCUCUCGCCCAGGUUGGAGUGCAGUGGUGUGAUCUUGGCUCACUGCAACCUCCGCUUCCCAGGUUCAAGCGAUUCUCCUCCCUCAGCCUCCUGAGUAGCUGGGAUUACAGGCACAUGCCACCACGCCCGGCUAAUUUUUGUAUUUUUAGUAGAGACUGGGUUUCAUCAUGUUGGCCAGGCUGGUCUCCAACUCCUGACCUCAUGAUCUGCCCACCUUGGCCUCCCAAAGUGCUGGAAUUACAGGCGUGAGCCACCGCGCCCACCUUCACUGUUCUUUUGAGAUCAUGAAAGAGGUGCCUGGAAGGAAAUAGGUGGAACAAUUCCAAGAAGACAGGCAUCACAUUUUCAGGGGUCAGAGCUGGGACUGAGUGUCCGGGAUCUCAGGGCCCUGUCUCCCUCAGCCAGUCAAUGAGUGAGCCAACAAAAACGUGCAGAGCUCCUCUUACGUGCCAGGCACAAGAUACAGCAGUGAGCAAGAUAGGCAUGGCUCUGUCCUCAGGUAAAUGACAGUCUAAUUGCAACAAUGUUGCAGAAGCAUUUCAGAUCCUUGUUGGCCACCGGGGCAGAAGGUCCAUUUGUCUCCCCGGGAGGCUCAAUAUUGCCUGUGAGUCAAUUAUGUUAUUACUAAUAACUAGCCCUUAUUAAGCACAUACGAUGUGUGAGGCGUCAAGCAAACAUCUUUGUUUGAAUCUUCAUAUUGGUACUAACGAAAUAAAGCUCUGAAAAAUUUCAUGGCUGGCCCAGGCCCCGCAGGUGGGCAGUACUGGACCCAGGGUUCAAAUCUCUGGCUGAGGUUUCUAUAGCCCAGCCUCUCAUUGGCAAGAAGCUGCUAGAUCUGGUGUCCCUGGUUGCCCAGUGAAGGGUCCUGAGAAAGACCAGCCUCCAUGAGACACCUGGCUGCUGUGGCUUGCACUAUGGGGCUGAUGGCUUCUCUCAGCGGGCUUUGGGAUGGAGCAGUUUUUAGGUGGUGAGCAAAUGUAGUUGCAUUGUGAAUAGGGACUCUAAAGUUCAGGCCGCCUUUUCCAUAUUCUCUGCCAGCUCCCCGAUCAGAGAUAGACCAAUUUACACCUGCUUCCUUCCUAACCUACUCCUAGCCCACCCCCACCCAGACAGUCUCCGUCAUCAACGGCAGAAAGCAGAGAAGCAGACAUCUUCUAGUUCCUCCCCCCACUCUGCUUUUUCCGGUACCUAGAGUCAGUUGGGGGAGGGCAGCUCUCACCCAGGCUGUUAGUUCGGUGACCUGGCUUUAUCUACUGGAUGAGUUCCGCUGGGAGAUGGAACAUAGCAUGUUUCUGUCUGGCCUGGUACUGGUUACCCUUCUCCCCCAAGUGAGCCCCUUCAAGAUACCUGUAGAGGAACUUGAGGACAGAGUGUUUGUGAGUUGUAAUACCAGCAUCACAUGGGUAGAGGGAACAGUGGGAACACUGCUCACAAACAAUACAAGGCUGGACCUGGGAAAAGGCAUCCUGGACCCACGAGGAAUGUAUCAGUGUACUGGGACAGAAAAAUACGCCGGCCAAGUAUCUACUGUGCAAGUUUAUUAUCGAAUGUGCCAGAGCUGUGUGGAGCUGUAUCCAGCCACCCUGGCUGGCAUCAUUGUCACUGAUGUCAUUGCCACUGUACUCCUCGCUUUGGGAGUCUACUGCUUUGCUGGACAUGAGACUGGAAGGCUCUCUGGGGUGGCUGACACACAAGCUCUGCUGAGGAAUGACCAGGUCUAUCAGCCCCUCCGAGAUCGAGAUGAUGCUCAGUAUAGCCGCCUUGGAGGAAACUGGCCCCGGAACAAGUGAACCUGAGACUGGUGGCUUCUAGAAGCAUCUGUUAUCAACUGUACCUUUCCUUCUUGCUCAGCCAAUAAAUAUAUCCCUUUUUACU